UAUAAAAUCACAAUUUUUAACCUAAAAGUUUUACCAUACACAGGACAAAUCUUGAGUUUCUGCAAGAAUGCAAUUCUCCAACUGUAUUUAAUGGUGAUAUUAAAGUAGACCUACCUCACAGGUAGAUAUUUGGUUUGGGCUCUCAAUUCCAGUGUUCAGGGAAAUUAUGGUCUAUCCGUCUAGCUGUUUAUCUACUGUGACUCACAGAGACUGGGUGUUUUCUCAUUUUGUUUGGCUCAUUGACUAAAUGCUCACCGCGGUCCAUUCUCAUUGUCCAGUGUUUCACUUGAACUGGUCCGGCAAGUUAUCUCUGGGCUGGUGCCUCACACCGAGCCCCAUAUCGAUCCGCCAGCCUUACCUGCCGCACGGACACUGCGUCUUUGGAGACAGUCCUCACUGUUUGCUGUUUUUCUCACUUUCAGCCGAAAGUCCUCGGGCACAGUCAUGAGGUCCUUCGUCGCGUUUGUGAUCUUCUUCGUCUUCUGCAUCGGAUUUAUUGGAUGUAAACCCUCGUCGCCCUGUCCGAGUGGCCAGUUUAUGCUGAAGAACCAGUGCGUCCUGUGUCAUCCCACCUGCUCCGAGUGCGACGGACACGAGCUGUUUGAAUGCACUACCUGUGGAGUUUAUGAAGACGGACAGGAACGUUUCCUCCACCAAGGUCGCUGUCGGACGCACUGCCCACGGGGAUUCUAUCCUGACAGGGGUCACUAUGCCUGCCUGCCCUGCAUAGCCAAUUGUGAACUCUGCACAGAUGGCAACAUAUGCGCCAAAUGUCGGGGACACUACAAACUUCACAGUGGGGUCUGCCAAACAUCACUGUGUGGCAUAGGGCAGGUGCAGGACCCUGAUACAGGAGAGUGCAUUGACUGUGAAAUUGGCUGCAAAACAUGUUCCACAGAAGACCCUGAGAUCUGUAGCAGCUGUGUUGAAGGUUAUUUUCUUUUCAGGCACCAGUGUCGCAGACAUUGUCCCCAGAGCACCUAUGAGGACAGAGGCAGACGUGUCUGUCUCUCCUGCCCAGCGCCGUGUGAAGACUGCAGGAAUAACACACACUGCCUUGCCUGCCAGCCUGGUUACUUCCUCAGUGAGGGACAGUGUAUUAAACAGUGUCCUCAGCAAAGCUUCCAUGACUCCAGUGGGUGGCGCUGCCAGCCUUGCCACAGCUCGUGCCAGACAUGCCACGGACCUCGUUCAGCAGACUGUGACCUUUGUCCUGGUGGGAAUUUUCCUCUACAUGGACAAUGUCCUCACAUUAACUGCCCUUUGGGACAGUAUUUUGAUGGGAAAUAUGGUGAAUGUCACACAUGUGAUGCAUCCUGUAAGACCUGUUUUGGCCCACAAGCACUGGAUUGUUCUUCUUGUUUUAAAGGAUAUUUCCUGGAUCAGGACAGUUAUUGUGUAGAACAGUGUCCGCCUGGCUCAUUUGCCAACUCUGCCACUCAGCUGUGUGAGAACUGCUCUCCAAACUGUGAGACCUGUGCGGACACCAGUGAUAUCUGCAUCAGCUGUUCCAAAGGCACUUACAAACUUUUUCUCCACCAAGGCCGAUGCUGGUCUAAUUGCCCAGAAGGUUACUUUGAGACAGCAGAGGGGUUAUGUGAAGCCUGUGACAGCUCCUGUCUCACAUGUGAUGAGAUCAAAUCCCAGUGUCUGUCCUGUGCUGAUGGCUACUACCUGGAGAGUGGUAUGUGUAGACUCAACUGUUCGCUGGGAAUGUACCCUGCAGAAGACGGUACCUGCAGACGAUGCCCCCCCCACUGUGACAUUUGCUCAGAUGACAGGACCUGCUUCAGGUGCAGUUUCCUUUACAUGAUGUUGAAUGGUGAGUGUAAGGCCAGUUGUCCCAAGGGCUAUUAUGAGGACAUGGAGGAGGGCCGCUGUGCUCAGUGCCACCCUACCUGUGGCAGCUGUUCAGGGCCCUUGGCAGAUGAUUGUGAGACCUGCUCAGCCAUCAGCCCCAAGCUCUAUAAAGGUGUAUGUUCAAAGGAUUGCCCCACUGGUACUUACUACGAGACUGCAGCUAUGGAGUGUCAAGAGUGCCACCAGACUUGUAUUAGCUGCACCGGGCCGGACGCCAACAAGUGCACCCAGUGUGAGAAGGGACUUGUGUUGGAUCCAAACACAUUACUAUGUGGUGUGACAGGUGAUACCGCCUGCCCUCAAGGCACCUACCUACACAACGACCAGUUCACCUGCAAGAGUUGCCACCGACACUGUUAUUCUUGCAAGGGGCCAGGCAACGAUGACUGCCAGACCUGCGCUGUUCCCAGAUACCUUCACAACAGCACGUGUGUUAGUGAGUGUCCUGCUGGUACAUAUGCCACCAUACAGGAAGCUGAUGCAAAGAUGUUGGGAUUCUGUUUCCCAUGUGACCACAUCUGCUCCACUUGCACUGGUGCAUCACCAAGAGACUGCCUUACCUGUUCUCCAGGAUAUCUGCGGCUCCUCCAACUCUGUGUCAUGCAUUGUCCCGCUGGGUAUUACAGGGAGGGCUCCCAGUGUCAUAAAUGUCACCAGUCCUGUGAGUUGUGCACGGGACCAGGGCCCGAGUCCUGCAGGGCUUGUUCACCUCCUCUUCUAGAGCUGAAAGGCACCAAGCUGUGUGUCGAGCACUGCCCACGCCGCUUCUAUCCGCUCAAUGACAUCUGCAAACAGUGCCACACCAGUUGUCAGACAUGCAUAGAUGCCUCACCUCAGGGGUGCUUGACGUGUGAUUGGGGCAGCACUCUCCAGGACAAAGUCUGCUAUCCACGUUGUAAGGAGGGGCGAUACUUUUCUGAAAAGGAAAGCUGUGAGCCUUGCGACGAGUCAUGUAGGCACUGCUACGGCCCCGGACCUGACCACUGUCUGACUUGUCACACUGACUCUGCUCUUCAUGCUGUGGAGAACCGUUGUGCCCGCUGCUGUCACACUGCAGGGAAUUACACUAAUUGCUGUGUUUGUGACAGCCGCUCAGCACUUUGUGUGGAGGCCCCCCAGCCCAAAUCAGGAGACAGCCAGGAAACCGACAUGAGCUUGUCCUCCAGUGCUCUGAAGCACACCUCAGCUGCCUUGCCAGUUGUCCUGCUGCUGGCAGUCGGUUUGGCACUAGCUGUAUUUGUCUUGGUUAAGGCCCAUACCAGGAAGAGGCUUUGUUGGAACCAGAGCUAUGAGAGACUGAGUGGUAGCGCCAACAUUAACAUGCCUCAUGGUGUGCCUGAGCCAGAUAGCGGAGAUGAGGUAGAUAUGGUGUAUACCAGUAAAGGUGGAUCAGUAUACCGCUGUUACAGCUUCAUCCAUGAACAGGACACAGAUGCAGACCAGGAUGUGGACGAGAACACCUGUUUUAGUCAAACUUAGAUGGAACUAGCGCUUACAGUAAUUAAGGAAUGUAUUGUGGAUACUCAGUAUCAAGAUUGACAAGCAUUCAGAGUUAAAGUAGUCAAUGUGUAAAAGAGAAUGAAGAGAUAAUUUGCUUUGGUACGUUUCUUUUGAGUUCAGGUGAAUAUUUAUUCUAUGAAGUGCCUGUAUCUGUAUAAUACACAUUCUUAGACAAGUGAGUAAAGACUGAAA